AUGAGAAUCUCCCUUGUAUGUAUUGCAGUGCUGGGCGUGGCCGUCUGUGCGGCGCACUACGCGCCGCCGACUGCACCCACGCCUGCACAUGCACACCACAUGAAACGCGUUGCACGGCACCCCAUACUGCACCGACGCGAAAACCUGCUUCAGGACGGGGCCGAUUUUCUGUCUUCUCUUGUUGGCGGCGAGUUCACGUCGCUGCCGAUCAACAGGCCCGCGCCUGAGCGCAGCAACGCUGGCGUGGGCGGUGAGUUUACGUCCAUGCGCGAUACCCAGCCCGGUGAUAGUGGCCAUUCCACGCGCACACACUCCGCGCACACCUCGGAGAUGGAAGGCGGUGCGAAUAGCCGGCGCUCAACGAGCUUUGACACCGAGUCGACACAGACGCGCACAGGCGACAGUGCUUCGAGCACGCAACGCUCCACUUCGCAACAGACGAGCAGUACAGAAGAGACGAGGAGCUCCAGUACUCGGAGCUCCACAAGCUCGACACGCCAAGGUGCGAGCUCAUCGCGUGCAACGCCGACUUCGGAGCCCUCUUCCACGGGCGCCGUAGCAACCGUGACACGUUCGGACUCUCCAAUCUCUGUAGUCGAGUCGAGUGUCACAGAGUCGCCGCCUACCAAUCCCCAAGAAGCGAAUGCGGAUAAGCAAGAUAACGGCACCGACCACACGGGUCUGAUUGUCGGUGUGUGUGUUGGCGGUGGUGUCGUGCUCCUUGCGCUUAUCCUCUUUAUCCUCUUCAAAGUGUUUGGUUGGGAUAUCAAGCGCAUGUUCCACAAAAACGACGAGAUUCGGUGGCCCGAAAUCCAGCAGGAAUCGACUGCACCUGCCAUUGCGCCGCUGCCUGCGCGUCGCACCGGCGGUGCAGGCUUUGAGAUGGGCCGCGAUUCGGACGAGGACGAUGCCAUGUCGCCAUUCCACGACCAGCAUGUCCCGAUGCCAGACCCCUCGAUCAAGGCCGCGAGCUCGUUCAACAAUGGGUCCAUGUACAAUGUGCCUGCGACUGCCAUGGCGCUCCAGCCAGUGAGCUAUCUAGCGCCGAGCGAGUAUGUGCACAAUGUGGCCCCUGUGGCGCCUAUGGCGCACAAUGAAGGAGAAUACAACGUUGCUGGGAUGGGCUCGGGUACGGGCGUCUUUUCAGCGCAUCAUGAGCCGUCGAGGCAGCAACCAACCAGUGCGCUGGUGCCUGCGCCCGUCUCGCUUGGUGCGCCACACACGCUCACCGAUGAUGCGGAGUAUGGUCAAUACCAUAUUCCUGCACCUGAUGCAGAACCACGCGAUCUGUACAGCGGCAUGUCUCCGUACGAUGCGGACGCGUACCACUACGGUCCCUAG